AUGAAAUUGCUUUCGCUUAACUGCCGCCGAACAAAGGACGUCUGCUAUUGUACGGUGUCGGUGCGCGGUUCAGGGCAAGAGAGAUUCGACGGAGGAAUUAUUUCAUGUUCCGCCAGACCCAGAUCGUGCGGUAAGAAAAACGCGGUUGAGAAAACGAGAUCUCCUCGGGCCAGGCGCUCGUGUCUCGCACCGAGCGCACUUGCAGAGGUGAUAGCGAAACGCGUAACUGCGGAAGGCUUGCGAAGUGUCCCCGUAGGUGUUCCCUUACAAUGGCACAUUGCCACUCGACUGUACCAUUUGAAUAUGUGCUGGCGAGCGAACUCUUUGUCAACAGAGGGAGAUACAACUUUGAUGUCCCGGAAUGUCCCGGGGCCAUUUGAGUGCAUCGCGGUAAUUUCACGGGCCAUUACGGGACAUCCCGCCCGCAGCCGAGUAACUAACCGUGAGCCAAAGGGUUGCUCCGAGGCCGCGGAGCGAGCGACUCUUUUCGCUCCGACGCUGUGCAGCGGUGGGUCUAGAGAUAAGAGCGACGACACUAAUUACGCUAAGGUCUCCAAAAAUUUCAACGACUGUCUCUGA